AUGUUUUUUUAUCAAUUUAGGAACAAUCCUAUCAUAGAUAGUGCAUCAUUCCAUCUUUGUACUGCAAUCAAGACAACCGAUUCAUUGAGACUUACUGUAUCUUGUCAUAUUCUCUCAAGUUCAUUCUAUUAUGUAUUGGCUGGUAAUGAAAAUCGAUCCAUCCAAUACUUGAAAUUGAGAGAGUUUAAGAUCGAAGCAACAGAAUUAUUUGUAAGAGAGGCAAUCAUUACGGACUCUCAGAAUAGAUCAUCAACCUUGGAGGGACAAACACCUUCACAACGACGAAGAAGUCGACAACAACUUGAAUCUGAGGAACAAGAACUACAACAACUACAACAACAAGAGCAACAACAAGUAGAAGAAGAAGAAGAAGAAGAAGAAGAAGUAUUACAAGAUAUAGAAGAACAAGUAGAGGUAGAAGUAGAAGUAGAUCAAUCACCAAUUGUAAAUAAUAAUAAUAAUAAUAAUAGCAAUAAUAAUAAUAGUAGACCACUAAAAAGAGUUAGAUUCAAUAUGUCGAGUGACAGUAAUAAUAAUAAUACAAAUGGUACACAUCCCCUAACCAAUGGAGUUGGUACUGCUGAUUUCCUAAUGAAUCCUGACGAACUGAUCACAAUGAGUGAUGUCAAUGGCGAGAGUACUGCAUUCAACAAAAAUGAACUGAUAAGACUUUUAAUUCAAUCAUUACAUUAUCUUGGAUACAAGAAAUCGGCAGACUUUUUGGAGAAAGACAGUGGUGUUAACCUACAGACACCAGAGGUAAUGCAAUUUAUAAAUAGUACAAUGGAAGGCGAUUGGAAGAAAGUUGAAAAUCUACUGCCAUACCUAAAGAUUAAGUCACAAAACGAUCUUGAUAGUGUAAAGUUUUUAAUAUAUAGUCAAAAGUUUUUGGAGUUGUUGGAGAUUAAGAAAGUUAAAGAAGCAUUGGAGUGUCUGAGAUGUGAGAUCACACCAAUCAGUAAAGAUCCGCACAAACUACAGUCACUCACCAGUUUAAUAAUGUGUACAGAUACCUUGGAUUUAAAGAAACGUUCAUUUUGGCCUGGUGCUGGUCAUCUUUCGAGAACUAAAUUACUUAAUGACAUAAGAAAAUUUGUUAGUUCAGAGAUAAUGGUACCUGAAAAUAGAUUAGAACAACUCAUUAUGCAGGCAAUACAAUAUCAAACCACUAAAUGUCUAUAUCAUAACACUACGAAAUCACAUUAUAAUUUAUUUGAAGAUCAUGCUUGUAAUAGGAAUCAAAUGCCAUUGGAAUGUAAAUAUACUUUAGCAGGUAAACAUAGAGAUGAAGUAUGGUACUUGAAGUUUUCGAAUAACGGUAAGAAGUUGGCGUCUUGCUCCAAAGACUCACAGAUUCUCAUUUGGGAUAUGUCUACGUUGUACGAAGCGGUUCCACAGGAACCAAGGGUGUUGGCCACUCUGAGCGGUCACAACAAAGACGUUUCGUAUCUCUCAUGGUCACCCGACGAUCGCUACCUCAUCAGUGCAUCCUCUGACAACUCUGUGAAGCUGUGGUCGGUCGACGAAGCCGUCUGUCUCAAGACCUACUCGAAACACACCGACGCUGUGACAUGCUGCGCUUGGCACCCGGACGGCAAGCGUUUCGUCAGCGGUGGCAACGACAAGAAUCUCUACCUCUGGAACAUCGCCACUCCAGAGACUACACACCAAGUCAGUGUACCAAUUAGAAGUUGGGCAUGUGCUCGUGUCAACGACAUGGCGAUUCACCGCGACGGCAAGCAACUCAUCGUUAUCUGCCAGGAGAAGAAGAUCCGCAUCUUUGACAUCGAUGCAGAGCGACCAGAGAUUAGCAUCGCCGAGACCGAGGCGAUCAUGUCGAUGGCGCUCUCACAGGAUUCGCGCUACAUCAUCGUCAACACCUCCAACCAGGAGAUCCACUUGUGGGACCUGGAGAAGCGCAUCAUCGUGCAGAAAUACCGUGGACAGCGUCAAGGUCGCUUUGUCAUUCGAUCGUGUUUCGGUGGUGUCGACGAAGGUUUUAUAUUGUCGGGCAGCGAAGACUCUAAAAUAUACAUUUGGCGUCGUCAGAACGGUGCACUCCUCGAGUGUCUCUCUGGACACACCAAGACCGUCAAUUGUGUGGCAUGGAGUCCUACCGAUCCCUAUUUAUUUUGUUCGGCGAGUGAUGACGAAACCAUUAGAGUUUGGACCAGAAAAGAAUUGGAAUUAUCCAACUCCUCCAAUAAUGAUUCAGUCUCCAAUAAUAAUAAUAACAACAAUAAUAAUAGCGCAUCUGGAAAUACAUGUCAAUUAAUUUUCUAA